GCGGAGCUGGGGAGGCGCUCUGGUCGCCGUCAGUGGGCAGCGGAGACGCGGCAUGCCCCUGGCAGGGGAGAGCGGGCUGUCCUCAGCGGGGCCAUGGGGACCCGCGCUGUGACAAUGCCUGGGUGACAGAGGAGCAGCGCCAGCCACCCCGCCACCUCCACCAUCACCUCCUGCACUCAGCUCACCACCGGCCACCAGCCCCUGCCUCCUUCGACUGCCUCUCUCUCUCUCUCUCUCUCUCUCUCUCUCUCUCUCUCCCCCCGUUAUUGUUUUCCACUCUACAGAGGAUGGGGGUCGGCUUAUGAUUAGGUUGGGAGCAAGUCAGAUCUUCCUCCAAAGAUUGGUAAUAUUUAUGUAGGCAAAAAGAGAGAGGAGAAAGAAAGAGGGAGAGAGAGAGAGAGAGAGAGAGAGAGAGAGAGAGAGAGAGAGAGAGAACCGGGAGGAGGGGAUAAGGAAAUUAAACCCUUUAAGUCAAUGCAUAUUGUGGUGACACCGGCACAGGAGCCCUCACGGUGGAGUCGGCCAGGGCUGUGCGUUCCCAAAAUAUGACCAGGGGUGCUUGGAUGUGUCGGCAGUAUGACGACGGCUUAAGAAUCUGGUUGGCCGCACCCCGGGAGAACGAGAAACCGUUCAUCGAUUCGGAGAGGGCUCAGAAAUGGCGACUGUCUCUGGCAUCUCUCUUGUUUUUCACAGUCCUGCUCUCUGAUCACUUGUGGUUCUGCGCCGAGGCCAAGCUGACCCGGGCCCGGGACAAGGAGCAGCAGCAGCAGCAGCAGCAGCGGCAGCAGCAGCAGCGGCAGCGGCAGCAGCAGCAGCAGCAGCAGCAGCAGCGGCAGCGGCAGCAGGAGCCCUCCUGGCCCGCGCUCCUGGCGAGCAUGGGGGAGUCCUCGCCCGCCGCCCCGGCGCACAGACUCCUCUCCGCCUCCUCGUCCCCCACCCUGCCCCCCUCCCCGGGAGACGGCGGCGGCGGCGGCAGGGGCGGCCGAGGCAAAAACAACCGGAGCAAGGCUCUUUUGCCAGGAAACUCCGCCAAGCCGGUGUGGCGCCUGGAGACUUGUUACCCCCAGGGCGCCUCCUCGGGCCAGUGCUUCACGGUGGAGAGCGCGGACGCCGUGUGCGCCAGGAACUGGAGUCGGGGGGUGGCGGCCGCGGGGGAGGAGCAGCAGGUGAGGGGGACGCCGGCUCCGCUCUGGAACUUGUCGGAUUUUUACCUUUCGUUUUGUAAUUCCUACACACUUUGGGAAUUGUUCUCGGGGUUAUCCAGUCCCAACACUUUGAACUGCAGUCUGGAUGUGGUGCUCAAGGAAGGCGGCGAGAUGACGACUUGCCGGCAGUGCGUCGAGGCGUACCAAGACUACGACCACCACGCUCAGGAGAAAUACGAAGAGUUCGAGAGUGUGCUCCAUAAGUACUUACAGUCGGAGGAGUACUCGGUGAAGUCCUGUCCAGAGGACUGUAAGGUCGUCUACAAGGCCUGGCUGUGCUCCCAGUACUUUGAAGUCGCGCAGUUUAACUGCAGAAAGACAGUCCCUUGCCAGCAGUACUGUUUGGAGGUUCAGACGCGGUGUCCCUUCAUACUGCCCGACAACGAUGAAGUCAUUUACGGGGGACUCUCCAGUUUCAUCUGUACAGGGCUCCACGACACCUUCCUAACCCACGACGACCCCGAGUGCUGUGACGUCAGGAGAGAGGAGCGCGCCCGCAAGCCCGCCCAGGGGACAGUGGGCACCGGCGGCGCCUGCCACAGGACGUCACUCGCAGUGUCGUCGGCAGCCAGACUGGGCAACAGCAGACUCAAACUGUGUGUCCUCGUACUGAUUCUCCUGCACACAGUGCUCGCGGCCUCCGCGGCGCAGAACGGCACGGCGCUGGGCGUCGGGGGCCUCCCCGCGCUGGACGAGGGCUCGGCGCGCGACGAGUAGGGACGGGCCACCGGGCCACCCGGCCACCUGGGCCACCCGGGCCACCCGGCCACCCAGCACCCGCCCGCGGCUGUCCGGACACACUGGGUGCUUUGACCCUCCAGCCGCUUACCGCAGGGCCUUGAGGGUGAAGGCUGAGAAGGUGGGCCUGCUCCAGACGAGGACACAAACACAGCUUUUUAUGGACUAAAAGGCUGGAAAGUGACUUAAAUUUCUCACGCCAUUUUAUACACUGUGUUUUAAUGUUUGGAGGUUUUAUUUGCUUUCCUUUUGAUUUGGGGUUUAUUUGUUCGUUUAUUUUUUUGCACUUGUUAAUACAGGAUUUAUUUUUGGGGGAUGGUUUCUCAGAGGUAAACUAAGUCUUCACUGUCUCUCUCUCUCUAUAUAUAUUUCUAGUCAUUGUGUGUGUUCAUCAGAUAGUUCUGUCUCUAUGUCUGUCAGUUUCUAUUAGCGGAAUGAUUGCUAUGACCUCGAGGUAUAGCAAAAUACAACAACAACAAAAAAAAAUCAUAAAAAAUUUAAAAAAGACAAAAAAAAGAAAACAACAAAAAAUAAAAAUAAAAAAAAACCCUAACUCUUCCCUCCCGCUUCCGGAAGCGACUGCC